UUACAUGUUGGUUAUUUCUUGGUCCACCCAUUCUCAGCUUCUCUUUGCCACACAACACAUCUCCCGCUUCAAGCAUUUCUGAAGCGACGCCCGUUCAGGGGCUUCUGAAGAUUGUUUUCUCUUAGACGAUGCCCGUUCAGGCGCACAUUGUCGGCCCCUGGGGCAUUCCUUCCAUUACUCGUUUCCACGAAACCCUAAUCUCCGUUCACUUCUUUCCUUCUAUUCCUUUCGAAUUUUCUUCUUCACCGUUUCUUCACUGCUCUGCAAAGAGAUCCUUCAAUGUUUUGAAGUCAAAAGGAAUUCCGAUAAAUUGUUCCCGUUGGGAGAAUCGUUUGAGAGUUGAUUUUUCUGCUUCUGAAGAACCGUUUUCCGGCACUGGUUCAGAGAACUCCGCUUCCACGAGGAAAAGAAAAGUUGUAGAACACGUUUCUCUGCUGAAAGCAAAAGGGGACUUAUCUAAUGAAGAAGAAACAGAUAUGCUAGACUAUAUUUAUACAUCUCAGUAUCAAAUGAGAGGAAUUGUGGCAAUAUCUCUAGGCCGUAUCUCUGAUCAGAACCCUGAUGGUUACACCCAUGCUGUAUACAUGCGCUUCCAAAGAAGGGAAGACCUUGCAAAGUUCUAUAGUCAUUCUUUCUACUUGGGAGUCUUAAAGGACCAUGUGGUUCCUUACUGUCAUGGGUUGAUUUCUGUGGAUUAUGAAUCUGAAGUAGAAGAUGAUAUCUUGCCUAUAUUUCGCAAGGGAGAGGAGUUCAAUUACGGGGUGGAGUUUGUGCUUCUGCUUUCAGUUAUUGAGAGUGCAAAUGGUGGAAGUAUAGAGGAUGCAUUGGCUACUUUUGCAAAGUUGACCAUGGACUUCCCCUCAUUGAUUGUACAGUCCACUCAAGGGACAAAUUUCAAUUCUAGUGAUAACGAAUAUACACAUUGCAUAGUAAUUCGCUUUCGGUCAAUUGAAGCCUUCCAGAUAUUUGUAGGUGGCUCAGAGUACAAAGAUAUUUGGAGAUCAAAGUUCCAGCCGAUAACCCAGAAAAGUCUGUCAGUUCAUUUUACCGUGGAUCCUGUUGGCACCGAAAUUAUGUAGUACAGCUCCUUUGGGUUGAUGGUUUGUUCCCUCACUCGUUUAUGUAAAUUAUAUAUGAAGUGAAAGAAAUACAUAGGAAUUGCUGGAGCAAGCAGUAUUAUGAGUGGCAUUGUGCUGAACUGCUUGGGUUUGAUACAUUCACUGUAUCUUUCUAUAUCUAUAUGUAUUUAGCAUCCAUUCAUCCUA